AUGAAUGAAUUAUCUGCCAUUUACAACGAUUGCUUGCCAUUGGGACCCCAGCAACUCAAGUACAUGACUGUCCUCAAAGACUCCUCUGAUUUCUUCAGCUUUUCGUCUCCGGCUGUAGCGCACACACAGGAUUACACCAAAUUCAGAUUGGGUUUUUUCAUUCUUCGUUCUUUCCUCUCCUUCCCAUUUAGUUUCAUACUCACUCAGCCAGCCGCCAGCCAGCCACCAGCCACCGAUUCCAAACCUCUCUCUCAACCAGCACGUCACAGUCACACCCCUCUCUGCCGCCGCUCUUCUCUUAGCCUCUCAGUCGUUGCAUUGCAGGCCAGGUUUAGGUCUUCCAAGGGUGGUGCUGGGGUCUUGGAGCGCCCAAAGUUUGACCAAUCCCAAUUUGACCCUGCUACCCAGCUUGAACAAGGAGGAGAUAUUGGACGACUCAAGGACAAGAGAGGUAUUGGGAGUAGGGAUAGUUACAGAGUUUUGCUGGUUGAUGAUGUUCGCCACACUGAGAAAUUAGAUAUUAUGAGUUCAUCCACACCUAGCACCAUAGCUCCAACUACUUUCCAAUGUUAG